AGGCUUUUAAACCACUAAUACCACCGCCAAACUUAUAGCUUUCACAUUUGCGACUGAUAAUGCAGCAUCAAUCCCCGGGCAAAAAUUUUGCCGCGCACCCAUUAUCAAGCACAUGGCGCCCCUCUUUGAACAGGACCUCAGCACCUAAUAGCCAGGACCGCUGGGCGUCCGCCCACGCUGCACAAGAGGAGGCUUGGACACAGUACGAUGGGCUCGGACCAGUCAAUCCAGUUAGAGAUUUAUCGCGGGAUUGGAGAUCUAAAAGUGGAGGGGGACAGCAAUCCGUAUCACACGGAUCACAGAGGGGAAGGAACGCAGAGAUUAAAAACCCUUUCGGCAAAGGGGCGAACAAAGGUCGGAGUGGCGAUGGAUACCGGGAGGCCUCCAGAAAUGGUCGAUCACCUCCGUCAAAACGUGGACGACAAGCGCCACCCGCACGUGGACCGCAGAGCAUUAAGACCGAAAUCGUGGACGACAGUUGGCUGACCAGAAACUUUGAGCAACCACAGCCCGAUGAUUACAAAAGUGCCCCCGAAACUCUUUUCACAAAUCCGAAAGGGUUUCUAUGGGACUUCAAUGGGAUUAUGGCCAAGUCUUCUUUUGCCUCGCACAAGGGUGGCAUAUACCGGUGCACUGUUAUCACCACCCUCCCGGAUCGGACAAAGAUGGAAGCCUGUGGCGAUGCAAAGAAUAAGGUAUGAUAUACUGCUCUCCCACAAUCAAGCAGGGUUCCGAUUGCUGACCUGAAUUAAAGAAAGUAGCUGAGAGGUCGGCGUGUCGACACCUGAUUCUGAAACUACAUCGGAAUGGCGUACUUCGCGAAAUUAUUAAUAAUGCAGAGAGUGCAGGGGCUCAUGACAAAGAGUUGCUAAGCGAUGAAGCCGAUGCUAAAAUGGACAUCUACGAUUAUUGCGCAAGAUUUGAUGCUGUACCAACGGUAGAUGUUCGGGAGACUAGAAGAUCAGGCACUCGAAAGGGGCUGUUUGAGGUCACUGUGGGAUUUACACAGCAGAAUAUUCUAGCCACAGCCCGUGCUUCCGAGCUCAAACAUGCCGAGAUUAUUGCAUGUGUGGAGUUCAAGCGACAGGCUGAAGAAUUUCACUCCAAAAAAGGAGGCUCUACAAUCAUACUGAAGGAUAUAUCGAGUAUCAACAGCCGAAAUGCACGGAAAUUUUUCGAAUUCUUCAAGAUGUUCGACAGGCAAUCGCGCUAUGAUGUUGAACUAAAGCGAACCUCCGGAAGGAGGGGCUCAGGGGGAGCAUAUAGAGCUCAGAUGAUGCUUAACGAGGGGCCUCUUGGAGAACCCGUGGAGUUUGUCGGUAAGAAGUACGCUGAGGCUGCGGCAUACCUUACGGGAGCAAUUGGGUUGAAGCAGAUGCGCCCCGAAUUAUUUCCGAAAUUUAUAGAGGCCCUAAGACUCGGAAACGGAGAACUCCUAAAACCGCUGCUCCCUUCCUGGGUUAGCGUUGACAGGGACUGUGUAAGUACCAUGACGGACACGUUGCACGCCGUGAGGCGUAUCGGCUUGCCCCUAAGUCAAGACGAAGAAGAUCGAAUGGAGCAGGAGCAGGAGCGGAACUCUUGGCGUUCCGGGCCUCGCAGGGCACUCGACCCGGCUUUUGUCGGGGUAAAGAGCAAGAAGCUGCUGGAAUCGUAUGAAGAGUACCUCAAAAAUCCCAAAUUGGAGACUUUGAGGAGUAAGCGUGAGGAGCUGCCAAUGAAUCAGUACCGGGCGAAGGUUUUGGAUAUUGUCAACAACAAUGCUGUGAGUAUUAUUGUUGGUGCAACUGGCAGUGGAAAAACUAGUCAGUUCCCGUCCCCAAUACGAUCUGGAUUCGAAGCUCUUUACUUACCCUAUUAUAGCCCAGGUACCUCAAAUUUUGUUGGAGGAGGCGACCAAAAAUGGGACGGGUGCGGACUGCAACAUUAUCUGCACUCAGCCUAGACGUAUCGCCGCUACCUCCGUAGCUGCACGAGUGGCUGUAGAACGAAACGAGCCGCUCCAGAAAUCUAUUGGUUACCAGGUUCGAUUUGAUGCAAAAUUACCCAUUGCAGGUGGUAGCGUCACUUACUGUACUACUGGUAUCUUGCUACAACAACUUCGCAACUCGGCAGAUGAAGCGUUGGACGGAAUCACACAUCUUGUUAUCGACGAGGUACACGAACGCGAUAUACUUAUCGAUUUUCUAUUAAUUAUUCUCAAACGAGUCAUGCAUGACAGGGUGGAGAGAGGGCUGCCGGAGGUGAAGGUUGUGCUAAUGAGUGCCACUAUGGACACGGAGCUAUUCGCGAGUUACUUCCGGUACAAGAACGCCGAUGGCAAACUCGUUCCAUGCCCUAAUCUAAGCGUGCCCGGGCGCACAUUCCCAGUCAAGGAGCUUUAUCUGGAGGAAAUCCAGGAUACUUUGCGCAACACAUAUUCACCCCAUCAACUUUCCCUACUUCGCGACGAAGACACCCGUCUGUAUCUUGACGUGGAGCAAUCAAUAUCUAGAGACCUCUCCCGAGUUCCAUCCAGGGUUCCGUCAAGGGCCACGUCCGCCCGGGGCGAGAUGGAAGAUGAUGAUGCUGCCGACGCCACAAUUAAUUGGAAACAGGAAAUCAAACUUGGUUCCGAUGGUCAAGUCGUAGUCUCCAGCGAGAAGGAGGAUGCCCUCGUUCCUGUUGGGCUUAUCGCACUUACCGUAGCGCAUAUCGCCCAAGCCAGCGAUUAUGGAGCUAUCUUGGUCUUCUUACCCGGGCUUGAGGAGAUACAAGCAGUGGAUGAGGUUCUUCGAACGCAAAAGCCUUUAGGCAUCGAUUUCAGAGACGAAUCAAAAUUUAAGCUCAGUAUGCUCCACUCUACUAUUCCGAAUCAGAAUGAAGUAUUUGAGGAUGUACGGGAAGGCGUCCGGAAGGUCAUUCUUUCAACCAAUAUUGCAGAAACUUCCGUUACUAUCCCUGACGUCAGGUACGUCGUGGACAGUGGGAAGUUGCGAGAGAAACAAUAUGAGCAAGCGCGGAGAAUUACCCAGCUUGUGUGUACCUGGAUCAGUAAGUCAAACUCGAAGCAGCGUGCUGGCAGAGCUGGUCGCGUCCAAAACGGAAACUAUUACGCCUUAUUCAGCAAACCACGGUUUGAGUCUUUACGUGGUGCUGGGCUUCCGGAGAUGCUUAGAUCGGACCUUCAAGAAAUUUGUUUGGAUAUCAAGGCUCAGGGUUUUAAGGAUUCGGUCGCCCAGUUUUUGUCAGAGGCUAUUGAGCCCCCUUCACGUAAUGCUAUUGAAGCCUCGCUAGCUCAACUUCGUUUGUUGGGCGCCCUCUCAGAAGAUGAGGGGUUAACUCCUCUCGGACGUGUCCUUGCAACUAUGUAAGUUAUGCUGAUUGACUUGUGGAAAUAUUUUUUACUGACUUUGAUAGGCCCGUUGAACCUGCUCUUGGCAAGAUGAUCCUCCUUGCUGUCAUCUUCCGUUGCUUAGAUCCAAUAAUGAUCUUGGGAUCUUCAUCCGGUGUUCGCGAUAUAUUUGUCGCCCCCCCUGAGCGCAGAGCGGAGGCCAACCGUAUAAGGAAUUCUUUCGUCAGAGACACCGGUAGUGAUCACAUGGCAUUGGUGAAUGCCUUUCGGGAAUGGAGGUCUAUUCGUGACCGUGACGGAAUGCACGCAGCCCAUCGCUUCGCUGAGGAAAACUUCCUUCACCGAGGCGCACUGAGGACUUUGGAUGCAACCACCCUCCAGAUCGAAGAGCUCCUAGUUAAGGCUAGCAUAAUUCCAUAUGUGAGCAGGCACGAGAGGAACCGUUCCGAAAUUGGGCAUCCCUCUUCAAAUGAGUACUCGGAUCAUGUUCCGCUCAUCAAAGCUCUCACACUUGCGGGUAUGUACCCCAACAUUGCCGUUGCUUCUGGGGGUAGAGGGUUACGAACACCAAACGAGAACUUUUCUAUGAUCCAUCCAACAUCUGUCCACUAUACUAAUAGGAGCGACUCCGGCAUGCCUUUCGGGACCCUUGUAACCUUCACAACCAAAGCAAAAAGUAAUGACGGCGGAACCCUGCUUUUGCGGACUGUUACGGAGGCUAGGCCCCUUAUGGCUAUCCUUUUUGGUGGAAGGCUAGAGUCCAAUGGCAAUAUUGUAGAAAUUGACGGUUGGCUACCUUUCCAAGUGCCCCCCCAAGCCGUGAAGACAAUGAAAGAUUUCAGAAUAUGCCUUGAUAGAGUAUGCAUUGCCUUAACGCUCCCAAUAGAUGAACGCUAAUGUGAUUUAGUUGCUUGGUCAUGCCUUCCGUAGUCUUUCGAAGAGAAACUCGCGGAGCAAUAGCUUUUUGGCCGAUGACAGAGCUCGUGAAGCUUUCGCCGAGGGCUUAGUAGAAGUAUGUUCUGUCGAUCCCUGUCGCUUAAUCGCCUUCUGACUAACAAAAAAUCAAAGCUUUUGAAAAUUGACAAUCAACAAGCCGCCAGAAGAGCGGUCUCCGCUGAGCGAGAACGGGGACCCGCAUCUGUACAAGGCCGCACCCGACCCUGGGAUACAGCCAGACAAGCCAUUACCAGCAGCAGAAACCAAUCCUACGACCGCGGCAACAUCAAUGAGAGACUUGAUCGAAGGGACCAAUCCCACAGUGGUAUCGGAUUUGCCCGGAGGGACCAAUCCUUCGAUCGUGGCAACUUCAAUGAGAGAUUCGAUCGAAGGGACCAAUCCCACAGUCACAGCAACAGUGGCACUGGAUUCGCCCGAGGGGACCAAUCCUUCGAUCGCGGCAAUUUAAAUGAGAGAUUCAAUCGAAGGGACCAAUCUUUCGAUCGUGGCAAUUUUGACAAGAGAUUCGAUCAAAGGGACCAGUCCUACAGUCGUAGCAACAGUGGCACUGGAUUUGCCCGAAGGGACCAAUCCUUCGACCGCGGCAACAGCAACGAAAGCGUCGGCAGCCAGGAUUCCAUGCGCCGUGACCACUCAUUCGAUAGAAGCAGCUUCGGCCAGGGCCCUGCACCCCGGCGUAGUGGCGGCAACAGCGGAUCCUCCUACCAACGCGGCAGUGACCCCGGCACCCAGAGCGGCUUCAGAAGUAAGCUCUCUGCCGGUGGACCCAGUGAUUGGGGGUUCAAUUCCGCCGGUAGCCGAAGAUUUUAAGUGAAAUAGGGUUCUUGUCUGUCUUCUUUUUUUUUUUUUUUUUGCAUAUCUCCUUUUUAUUCAUCCAUCCAAAACCAAUUAUCACCUUCAACAAUCUGGUGAUUUGGGGCGUUGUUCUUUUUGUAUUUCUUAUCAUGUGUUUCAUAAAAGCUCCUCUUCGCUCCCUUUCGUUCUUCCUUCUUUCUCGUCGGUGCUCAUAAAGGCUUUUUUCCUCCUUUUGACUCCUAGCUCCCACGAUGCUACCCAGAUUCCACCGACACUACCUGACCCACACUACCCACCUCCCCUUUUUGUGCAAUCCAUAAAAACCGCCCACCUACCUACCUACCUACCUACCCCAUAACACAUUUCAUCAUCCAUCUACUUGUAUCUCACUUUUCCUCUUAUCAUACUCUGCUUCUCCUUUCGUUCCUUAUAAAUUGUACCCCUAGGGUUUCUUUUCAGAAUUCUGUAUUGGCAUGUGGGUAUGGGGUUUUUAACAGGGCUUUUCUAAUGUCCUUAAAUCUUGCAUUGUCUUUACCGGUUUGUUUAGAUGGGCUGUGUAUUCCGGUCCGGUGGUUUGGUAUAGGGGACUAUGAUAGGCUGGAAGAGGGAGGUUAUCGGUGGAAUUCUCUAUAAACGAGAAAAAGUGCAUUUGUAUGAUUAUCGGCCUCAGUCAAUAGAGGAAAAAUCUCCGAAAAUUUGGGCUCGGGGUGUCUAUUCCCAAGGCCAGUUCUUGUAUGAUACACCCAUCACGGGAGAGCGGUCCAACGAUAGUGCGGCGCGCUUAUGUGAAAGCUAUCCUGCAAGCUCACAAAGCAUCAUGUAGCUAUUGCGAACUAUUGCGCUUUAUACUUGAAUAUCAGAAUUUUCACUCGUUCAUUCGUCCACUUUUGCCACUGUUCCUGCUGCUAUUACCACCGCCGGGUGCUAACGGCACAUAUUCUCCCCCUCCCACCCACACAAAGAUACCUUAUGUAGUGUUUUAACCAGACCCCAAAUAGACCCCAAUCUAGUCUAUCCAAAUGAAUAGUCCUCGUCAACGAGAAAUCACACAUCAAUAUAAGCACGUUUUCGGCACAACCGCAGCAAGUGAAAAAUGCUGAAUUGCAAUUUGACAUGUGCUU